UGGAAUGCAUCCCACACCAGAACCCAGAAGGCGGACCAGAAGUCUGAAUUCGUCCUUCUGUCGCAGCCCACGCCCACGGCGCCUUCUUCGCCGCGCAGCUCGCGGGCUUCCCACCCGUCCUUCCUGCCUGCUUCCAUGUCCAUGUCCAGCAAGAAGACGCGCCAUAUCGCGACGCGAAAUUUUCAUCUCCCCGAUGCAUGUGCAUCGAUAGCAAGCCAUUAUCUCCCGUUUCAAGUGCCGAUUACCUACGCGUCCGUCCCGACAUCCGAGCUGCCAAAUGCCUACCUACCCUGCCACUCGGUCGCCGCCAUACAAGCAUCGGACAUCCCUCCCUAUCAACGCUGUCUCCCCGCCCGACGGUCAACGGGCUUGCUGCUUAUCUACGUCUAUCUAUCGUCGAAGCCGCCGGAAUCUGCCACAACAGUCACCCUGCCUCGAUGGGUUCUCGACGCCUGGUUCUCGAGCGCCCGCGCUACGUCCGAACGCCGACGCCACGAAAUAGACACGCCCACACCCAGGAUUGUCGUGCGCCCCGUCACCGGCGCCGGCGACUAUCGGCCUAUGAUAUGUCGCUAUCACCCCGACGGCGGCGGCCUGCCCGGGUGCAGGCCCGACCGCCGGGGCCGGGUUUACGCGAUGCAUGAUGGAUGGCCCGCGUCCACGGCCGACCGGCGCCGAGUCCGACGCGCCCUAACUCAUAUCGCACCCGUCUACGUACCACCGCGUCCACCGACCUCGUGGCCCCAGCCCCAACGCCCCACCGUCCCAGAACCCAGAACCGCCCGCUCUGCGUCUUCUCCGCUCUAUCCCAAAUGCGCGAUAAGCAGUCCCUGUUGGUUUAUCGACCUGAUAACGCACCCGCAAUAA